AAAUUCACUGUCUUCGAGAAAUGGCAGAAGCGAAAACUUUUAUUCAAAACGUCCUGGGCAUUGAUGGCCGAAAUGCAAGCACAAGCAGGGGCGAACUACCCAUGGUCGGCAGUUUUUUCUGUCCGCUUCUGCUGUUCUUCUUUUGGAUACUUUCCUUAAUCAUUUUGGGUUGCAUAUGCGUGUGCUGCAAGUUUGUGAAAUCGGAAUCUUUUACCAGAUACGACUCCGACAGCUUUGAGCUGCAGCAGGUUCAUAUCCUGGAGCCCACAAUUGGUCAUGUCAAAGGAUGUGCGUGUCUGGAGUGUCUGCAUCGACAGUUGUCCACGGAGUUCGAGCAAAGAAAUGGAAAGUAAAUAAAAUAAUUAGGGUUU